AAUAAGCGGCUGCUGCUCGGUGGUUUUUGUACGACGGCGCGCGAAUGGAUGUCGAGUUCUGGAAUCAGUAAAGUGAAUGUACUUCAUAUUAGUGUUCGUGAAUACGAAAUAAUUAUGAGGUGUGCGUUAGUCGUGUUGGAUUUUUAUUAUUUUACGAGUGUGUACUGAAUGGGGGCCGGACGAGUGUCAAACGAUUCACGUGCGUCUGACUUUGCUCGCGAUGCAGCCCAUGUUAAAAGUUAUUCAGUGCCUGCAAAUUAUAUACUUGUACGGUAUCACGAAGUCAGGAUGGCAGGCAAUAAAGCCCAAAUUAACGCUGUACAGACCAAGCCUGUUGAGGUCUCUCAGCAGCUACAGGAUGGAGAGAAGUUUAUUAAAUGGGAUGAGGAUUCUGGAGUUGCAACGCCAGUAACAUUGAAAGUAGAUAAAUUUGGUUUUUAUCUGCAUUGGGUAGAUCAAAAUAAUGAGAUGGACAUCUUGGACAUAGCUACAAUACGAGAUACGCGCACAGGAAAAUAUGCCAAAAUACCAAAGGAUCCAAAACUAAAAUCUCUUGUAACUAUGGGAUCUCAAGACUCUUUAGAAGACAAAACUGUAACAAUUUGCUAUGGAUCUGACUUUGUUAAUAUGACAUUUAUUAAUUUUUGCACAACGCGUGCUGAAAUUGCACAACAUUGGACCGAUCAACUUCUGCAGUUAGCAUACAAUUUAACACAGCUCAAUACAAGUACAACUAUGUUCUUGCAGAAGGCACACACAAGAUUAAUACUCACAAUUGAUAAAUCAGGCAAAAUACCAGUAAAGAAUAUAAUCAGAAUGUUUACGCAAAAUAAGGAAGAUCGUAAACGCGUAGAAAAAGCACUUGAUAUAUCAGGUCUGCCAUCUGGAAAAAAUGAUGCUGUACCUCUUCAGAAAUUCCAAUUUGAAGAUUUUUUUAAUUUUUAUAAAUCUCUUACACAGAGAUCAGAUGUAGAAAAAGUAUUUGAAGGAAUUGUGGGCAAUACAAAACGUAGAUUAAUGUCCGUUAAACAGUUUGUAGAGUUUUUAAAUAAAACGCAAAGGGAUCCGCGAUUAAAUGAAAUACUUUAUCCAUAUGCAAAUGAAGCAAGAGCAAAAGACAUAAUAAUACAAUAUGAACCAAAUAAAUAUAAUGCCAAUCGAGGACAGUUAAGUUUUGAUGGAUUUCUAAGAUAUUUAAUGAGUGAGGAUAAUCCAAUUGUUGCUGUGACCAAAUUUGAACUUUCUGAUGAUAUGGAUCAACCACUUGCUCAUUAUUUUAUAAAUUCUAGUCAUAAUACUUAUUUAACAGGUCAUCAGCUUACAGGAAAAAGUUCAGUAGAAAUUUAUCGUCAAUGUUUACUUGCUGGCUGUCGCUGCGUUGAACUAGACUUUUGGAAUGGAAAGUUUGAUGAACCAGUUAUUGUUCAUGGGUAUACAUUUGUACCUGAAAUUCACGCACGAGAUGUCAUAGAGGCAAUUGCUGAGAGUGCCUUUAAAACAUCGGAAUUUCCCGUAAUACUUAGUUUUGAAAAUCACUGUAAUCCACGGCAGCAAGCUAAAAUAGCGCAAUAUUGUAGAGAAUUAUUUGGUGAAAUGUUAUUAGAUGCACCUCUCGAUUCUCAUAAACUGGAACCAGGACAAGAAUUACCUCCUCCAGCUUUACUUAAACGUAAAAUUAUAAUAAAAAAUAAGAAGAAACAUCAUCAUCACCACCAUAAGAAGCAUCAUAAAAAGCCAUAUGCAUUACCAUUGGAUGGUGAAGAAACUCCUCAAGAAACCGAUGAGAAUGGCAUAGUAAAUUUAGCGGCUGAAGGGGAAAAUGGUCCACCGCCGGAUAUAAUACCCGAAAACGAAGUAGUCGAUGGGGUUGUUAAUAAUGGCGAACAACAAAUUAGAAAUGGAGAUGUAUCUCAUGCACCGAUGCUUCAGCAGAGACAGAAUAGUAGAGAUAGUACGCAAGAAGACGAUGAUGAUGAAGACGAAUCAAGUACAGAGGAAGAUGAAUCUAAUGUAGAAGACAUCAAAUUCAGGAUGGGUGAUAAAGUUACUGCAACCGAUAAAGUAGCAACUUCAGCGAAAGAAACAGAAGCAGGGGCGGAAAUUUCAGCAUUAGUCAAUUACGUGCAACCUGUUCAUUUUAAUAGUUUUGAAUCGGCUGAAAAAAAAAAUCGAAUGUAUGAAAUGUCAUCGUUUGAUGAAAAACAGGCCACGACACUUUUAAAGGAAAGACCAUUGGAAUUUGUUAAUUAUAAUAAACAUCAAUUGUCGAGAGUUUAUCCAGCCGGAACACGAUUUGAUUCGAGUAACUUUAUGCCUCAGGUAUUUUGGAAUGCAGGUUGCCAAUUAGUUGCCCUAAAUUAUCAAACACUUGAUCUGGCGAUGCAAUUAAAUUUGGGAAUUUUUGAAUAUAAUCAACGUUCUGGUUAUAUAUUAAAGCCAGAAUUUAUGAGACGGAAGGAUCGUCGCUUGGAUCCUUUUGCGGAAUCAACGGUCGAUGGUAUCAUAGCAGGGACAGUACAUAUUCAUGUGAUAUCAGCUCAAUUUCUGACUGAUAAAAGAGUAGGCACAUAUGUUGAGGUGGAUAUGUUUGGUCUUCCAGCGGACACAGUGAGGAAAAAAUUUCGUACGAAAAUUGUUCCUAAUAAUGGAAUCAAUCCUGUUUACGACGAGGAACCAUUCGUAUUUAAAAAGGUAGUAUUACCAGAAUUAGCUUCCAUCAGAAUAGCUGCAUAUGAAGAAUCUGGUCGAUUGAUUGGUCAUAGAGUAUUACCUGUUGUGGGAUUGUGUCCAGGAUAUCGACACGUUGCGCUUAGAACAGAAUGUGGUCAACCAUUACCAUUAGCGAGUCUAUUUUUACAUGUGAUUGUCAAAGAUUACGUACCAGACGGCCUUAGUGAAUUAGCUGAAGCUUUGGCUAAUCCGAUAAAAUAUCAAAGCGAAGUGGAAAAGAGAGAGAAGCAAUUAAUGGUUCUUACUGAUUGUUUAGACGAACCUUCUGAAGAAAUUGAGGAAAAAGAUAAAGUUGGCGAAGCACCAACUGUUUCUAAAUCGACCGAAGAGACUGUUAAGACAAAACGAGUGCAAUCAGUAGGUGAAUUACCAGGUCUUCAACCAACAACAAGCAGUACACAUGGUAGACCAUCGAUUAUUGGUAUAAAUACUUCUGAAACACCAGAAGUUGAAGAUAAUGCACCAUCUCCUGUAGUCCAAUUCGUUGAUGCAUCUGCAAAUAAAAGUCCGGUCAAUGCUAGUAGUAGUACGAGCGAAGAGAUAGUUGCUGAAUCUUUGGACAAACUUAUGGAAAAUAAACUCGUAAAGGAGAAGAAGUCAGAGCUUGAGAAAAAGUUGGAAUCUUUAAGAAAAAAACAUGAGAAGGAAAAAAUACGAAUACAAUCCCAAAAGGGUUCUCUCGAUGGAGAAAAGCAUAAGUCUAAGUUUUGCAUGAGUCAUAAAUUGGUGAAACGAUUAUCAAGUAGAAACAUCUUCUCAAGCGACGUUGGUUUAAGUACUAUAACUCUGGCAGAAACUUCCGAAUGUUCUGAUAUGGAAAAUCGUGAAGGCGUUGAAGGUCUAUCAAGAGGUUUACCUAGAAGUCAAAGCGAACGAUUAUUGGCUGUAUGUAAAGCACAUAUACAACAGGAACGUGAAUUACAAGAAAAAUAUCAUGAAAGCGUAUUUACCACAAUAGAGAAGGUAAUGCGUACGUCGCAAUCGAAUCAAUUGAAAACAUUAAGAGUUCUACAGGAAAGGGAAACGGCUGAUGUUAUGCGUAAACUUCAAGCUAGUAGACACGGCGAGGUCAAACAGUUAGCUAAGGUACAUAAGGACAAGGCCGAAUUAGAUCGGAUGAAGAGAGAAGUCGCUAAGUCGACAGUGGAAAAAGGUGUUAACGAAUGUACUAGAUUGAAAAAAAUUUAUGAGAAAAAGAAGGCAGAGUUGGAAAGGCAACACGAAGAGGUCCGACAGAGGUUGGAGGAGGAAAAAGCUAAUGUAAAAGCCACUCUGCAGGCAGAGUAUAAUAGUCGUUGUAGUAAAUAUGACAGUGGAGAGUUACCAUUAUCACCCUCAGGUGGUACAAGUAUGCCUGAAUCACUCAGUGAGAAUACAUAUUAAUUAAUGAAACGAAAUGAUAUUCUAUACAUUACAUUGUCUCAGUGAAAAUUUGGACAAUAUACCAAAUGAAAAUACUGACGAUGUUGAUACAUUGGAUAGCUCUUGAUGAAACUCUAUCCGACGAUGGCAGGAUAGAAUAAAGUGGAUUUGUUAAACGGCAGAUAUACUUUCUGAAAAGUAAAGAAAAAACAAAAAAAGGGAGAAAGAGAGAGAAA